CCCGCCAUCGUCACCUACUGUGUACUUAUUAAGCAUCCAAGCUGCGGCCACAGUGGCGUGCCCCACCCGCUGCUUCUCCGUCGACUGCAAGCUCGCCUGUCUGGGAUACCCCCAUCCGAGCCCAGGGGCUGAGGGCCUGAUCAGCACCCCAUCUUCUCUCCGUUUCUGCCGCCACCGUUUCCCCCCCGGCAAGACUGCAGUGCCACGGCAGUGCUGGGCAGUUGUUCAGGGUGCCAACCGUCCCUCUGAACCCAACCCAGGCUUCAAGCGUCUGGCCGUGAGCCUGGUCAGCCUGACAGCCGCCUGCGGAACCGCCAAUUCCGCUUCUCUGUUUCUCGAGAUGGGACAAGCCGCUAGCCCACGCGAUGCAAUUCUUCGCUGUUUCAACAUGCCCUAGUCCUUACGGCGAGGCCGUGCCGGACGACGGCACCAGAGCAGCAAGAGGCACCGCAGCUUGACAGGUCGCCUUGCGGGCCACCGCCCUGGCGAUCCGAUCCUACUGUGCACGACCAAGUGGCUGCUACCGGUGCCUAUAGAGGUAGGUACCUGCUAGCAAUGGCGAUUGUGGGCUCAUGUCAUGACGCCCCCCAUCGUAUUUAUUUCAGCAACUUUGAUGAGCACCACAAUACUGCUCUGGCUGUGCUCCGUGGCGUCUGGUCUCGUCAUUGAGAACUCGGGCCGGCCCUCAUUUGACAUUUGGAUGCUGCGUGCGCUCUGUUCGGCCGUCACCAACAAGGCCUUACCUGGCUGCCGCCGUCUCACUUCAGCUGACUUGCUCCAGAUGCCGUCUUGUAUGCUGCGUCGUGGGCAUUCCAGGUUCGCACUUCAGGUUCGCACUUCAGGUUCGCACUGCCAGCUCGGACUUCAAUGUUGUCGCCUCGCGGCCCCUGGGACCGAGCUGCGUGCGCACACCACGCAACAUCCCGGCUGAGAUAAAGCCCAAGCCACUACCUGCCUUGAACGGCUUCCUGUCAAGUCCGGCAAGGCCACUGAGAGCCGUUGGUGAAGGCCAAAACACCGCCUUACCUCUCAGACAUGCAGCUACCGAUGUGGAUCGCAGCAGGCUGUGGAACAUUGCAGCCUGCUGGAGCAGGGGCUUCGUGCGCCAGUGCGCCAGUGCGUACACAUGUGCGUACAAGUGGGUGUCCACAUGAUGCCUGGCGCAAUCUUCGGUCUGGCAGAGCCGCAUCUCACAGCCCAGUCCUGGCCAAUCAGAGGCGAUGAUGUGCCCGUUCAGGUGUGCACCCAUAUGACCUGCUUGCGCAGUGCUGGCCUUAGCUGUUUGCCUCGGUGUCAACUUUGUCAGGCACUUUGCUCCAAGCUUUCCUGUUUCUCUGAUUGACCUGGCAGCGAUCUUGCCCCUGCCCGCGCCAGAGAAGCGAUCCCGGACGCUGGUCGAGUGACUACUGAGUACGGCCUGUUCUGCUAUGAUGAAGCCCGCAUCGCCCAGAGCCGACGGGCAGGUCAUACCCGGUGAGAUUCAGACUUUUAUCGAGCAGCUCCAGUACGACGAAGACGACGACAACUUCUUCCGCCAAUACUUACACCUACCCAACGACGAACCACCAGCCUAUGUACAGCCAUCUUUAGACGGCGGUGACGACACGUCGACCUGCCUUGGGUCUGAGAGCCAUGUACCACCACUGACCUCGGGCCAAACUCUGUCGCCCUCAAGCCGUAGCAGGGCAUCGCCGUCUUCUCUCGAUCGGCUUGAGGAUCUUGACCCCCAGGCCCUCCUCACUGUGCCAUGGCCGAGUGGAGGUUUCGACGACAUAGAUUUCACCGAUUGCUUGCGCCACGUCGGUGGCGGUCAGGGGCCAAUACCACCCCCGCCAGCACGUAUAGAAGAAGAUGACAUCUCUAUCCAUCUGUCGCCCCGGAGUCCAAGCCGUCCCGGUCUCGCUCUGGGUCCUCCGGCCCAGGCGAUGCCCAUGAAACGCGGCAGGAGCAACCCACUGUCAGGAGAGAAGCGUGUCAAGGUGUCCAACAUGCGCAAGAUCAAGGCAUGCAUGCGAUGUCGCAUCCGCAAACGAGAAUGCGAUGAAGACACGCCUUGUAAGCAUUGCAGAAAGGCGUUCCCCAAACAACAAGAGGUGUGCGUUCGUGAGAAAUUGUCGUCUUUUCGUUUCCCUGAUGACGGCCAAAAGACCGACCCACGUAUCGUUGUUGCAGCAGAAUUGGCAGUUGUGCGGGCUUCCGAGCCCAGUUCUCGUAAAAUUCCACCAAGCAAAAGAUUCGCCCGGUUUGGUUCUGACCCUUCAGCCUUACGUUGUCAACGCGAGGCCGGUCGCACUUGGAACCGGCCACUCAUCUCUGCCAUCAUACGCUGGGGUCAGUGAUGCUUCCGCUUGGAACAGCGGCCCCAGUAUUCAACCAAUUCCGAGCACUGUGAUGGGGCUGUGCCUUGCCCCCGGACAGGAGCACUUGCCCCGCGACCUGCUUGGGUGGGCAGAGAAGCAACUAUCAGGAGAACUACGUGACAAGAAUGCGCCAGACUUCGAGUCAGCCAUACUCUCCUUUCUCCUAGUGUACCGCGACAGCUCCCCGGAAUUACAGGGCUCCUCCUCCAGCUCGAGCUCCGGAAAGAGAAAGGCGCUCGUUUGUGUCGACCCGGAGAAUCUUGUUCGCAAGAUCUGCGAGAUGAGGUGCUGGUACUUGAUCUGGCAGACGUCGAAAUUGUAUGCGUGCGCACAUGGAGGUGCACCUAACUCAGAUGGACGCAGCGACAAGCACUCGAGACUGCCACCCACGGCGCUCUGGGAGCUCAGGAAGAUAACAACAGAGGCGCUCAUCGCUUACGAGAAGGAGAUCCUGCUUGAGCUCGACGAACUCUCUCCGGAUGCAGCCCGACUGAUCGAGCUGCCGCUAUGGGCUUGUAUGUGGCAGAUGAUUCUCAUCUACCGGCAAUUGGUUGCGGGAUACUCAAACCUCGCCCGCAGCCGGCUCGUGAGCUCGGUAGACGGCGGAACGGCUGGCUCCAAUGAGAUAUCCGCGUUGCCAGUUGUGGAGCAUCUGUAUCGGCUGUUGAUACUCAAAUACAAUGCAUAUUUCGGCUCGACAUCACCUAUAUACCCCAAGAAGGGCCAGCCACCGACGAGUGAGGUGCUGGCAGGCAAUGAGCACCUCAAACGAGAGUGGGACAAUGUCUCAGUCCGCCGGAAAGAGUUUUAUCGGACGAUCGAAAACGGUGUGGUAUCUGACACACACCUAAAGAACCUUGUCAUCGAUGUUGAGAUGACACUCGAACGUCGGCUGCGAAGAAGGCCGAAAACAUAGGUGAUCGAUCGAUCCGAUCCACGCCCGUGACAUUUCAGCAUAUCACGCGCACCGCCAACAAGUCGUUGCUCCGGCCAGCAUGUGCUUAUGAACAACGCACUUGGUACGCGGUAUCACUCCCGGGGAAUGUGCUGUGGAUUUAUUGUCCAAUUGGCGGCUUGUACUUUCACCCUUCAAUGGGCUUCUCGCGCAAUGUCCGCACGGGCCGAUGCACGACGGCUUGUCGAUGCCCAUUAAUAUCAAAUUAUCAAACGCCAUUUUUCCAACGAUGCAAAGCAUACGCGGCCAAUCUACUUCAAAUCUCGCGCUGUUCACGACGCCGGUUGGACCAAACGAGACAGCCUCAAACUCACAAUCUCCAUCCCUUGGUCUUUGGGAUGUCAAGGCCACAUUCCAUAGUACAUGCUCACAGCUCUGUCCGAGUCGCCAAAGAGCUUUGAGUACCUGUCCUGCCACAUCACCGUCCCGGGCUUUUCGGGAUCAGAGCUCGGCACUUCCAUGAAGCCCCCAUACUCGGCGCCGACGGCGUGGCUUCCGCCGCCAUACGCGUUGCCCCUCCGAAGGGCCAGGUUCCACGCGAAGCUGCUCUCGACGAUACCCAGCAUGAACCCGGCGCGCAACAUGAUCUCGUAGUCUACCAGCGACCUCUGGUCCCAUGUCAGGCGGUUAUUGAGCACGGCCACCUCAGCUGGCGCCAGGAUUUCUCGCUUUGUGACGACUGUGGCGCCGAACUCGGCGGCCUUGGCCGUGAAGCGACGCACGUCCGCGUCCUCGGCUUGCAGGCCCGACGCCAGGUAAACGACCCUGCCUGGGGCCUCAGUGGCGCCCAGGUAGUCGAGAAACCAUGUCGCCUGCGCGUCGUAGCCUGGGAAGAAAGGCCGCUCGGGUGGAGGGCCGCCGCCGUCACCGUGAGUCGGUGGGGCCGCGACGUCCUUCUCGGUGCGCAGGUGGGCUCCCACAAAGCGCGGGCUCUUGUCCUGCCCAGGGUUGUUGCCGAUCCCUCGGCGCGGGUCGAGGGGUAUCCCGAAGCGGCGGGCGAGCUCCCAAAGGCCCGAGGCGGCAAGCAGCCUCACGUCGUCGCGCACGCGCAACAGGCGGCCGAAAUCCCGGCGAAAGGCCUCACCAUCAUAGUGGACCGGCCAGGUGAAGGUGGUCUCCUGUAAGUCUACCCGGACGGGAUAGUGACGCCGGUCGCGGGGCAGCUCGCGCUCGUACAAGUCGGCGAACCGCCGCGUCAGGUUCUGCGGGUCCGCGAGUAUCGAGGUGUGCGUGCCGUUGAGCACCGCCACCUCGUCCGUCAACAUGCCCAUGCUCACCGGAAGCGGUUUCAGUAGGCUCGGCUUGUCGUAUAGGUCGUCUAGGGACAUGUGGACUCGCAUCUGCGGGCAAUGCCUCUGUAGGGAGGUGACCAGGUGCUCGGACGAGAACAUGUAGUCCAGGGGCUGGCCCUUGGCCUGCUGCUCGCCGUGGAGGUUGGAGAUAUCGGCCGGGGAGCGGCGUGUUAUCCGGGGAAGGACGAGCUGGGCUGGGAAGGGAGCAAGUGUCAGUAGCGACAACGGCAAUCGCAAGAGGCACAUAGCACAUGUGGCUAGCUGACUAGUUGUGGGAACAACACGACCGGCCCAAUGUAUUGACUGACCUCCUAUCUCUAUCGCGAAGCGUACGCAGUGCAGCAGUCCAUUUUUGACCUCGGCCACACCCCCCGGCACGGGCGCACACGUCAGAACGAGGGCCCUGUCAUCAGGAUGCCAUUCCCUACCGCUACAGAGCCGUGCAAGCUCGGAGCCUUCGAACCUGCCGUCAACCUCAUUCGCGAGCAGGUCCGACACGAACAGCUUCUUCUCGUCCUUGAAGCUGCGCAGGACCUCAGCGUACCGUUCGCUGACCUGGUUUCCCUCGAGAUCCGAGAUGAAAUACAGAAGGAGCAGUGCUGGCGCGAGGUAUUUUGCGAUACGGAUGAGCCGAGACGCGUCCAACAGCUUUGGUCUAAUCAUGGUUUGCCUGGGGGGGAUGUUCCGGGGCUUCGAGUGACAGGUUAAGGAGGCAGGCAGGCAGGCCUCCAACGAGAGGCUUCGGCUAUGGAGAGAUCAGUUGUGGUGGAUGAACAAUUUUCAAUCUGACCUCCCACAUCGUCAAGAGACCACGGUCAUCGGCUCCCUUGGAGCGUAUACAGAAAGGUUCAGCAGCUAGGAGUGCCUUGUCUCACACGGGGGUGCGGGCGAGAGCUCUUCUCCCUUUCGGGAAGUCAUUGCUUCAGCUGGUUCGGGAUCAGAUCGCCUUUCACAUUGUGCGCGCCAGAAUAGCCCCUCCCCCAGCCUCUCUGAUGCAGAUGGUCGAAAGCCUCAAGAGGCCUCACCGUACGGGUGCGUGCGCAAGGGCGGGCCCGACUGGGCAUGAUUAAGCUCCCGGCACCGACACAGUGGAAAGUUCAGCCCAGGCUUCGGAUACAAGCCCCCGAUCUGGGCUGCCUGGGGGCGAGGAGCAGUGUUAUCAUCGGGAUCCGAGCGCGUGCUUGCAGUUCUCGAUGUGCCACCCCGUGCUCCGCUGCCGUCGCAUGCUGAGCCGUCUCAAUCCGCGGGUGCGAUUUUGUGUCGCAGGCCCGCUUGAAUUGCCAGAGUUCACGCGGACAUUGUGGCCCAACAUCUGGCUGCUGCUGCUGGCGCCGCCGCUGGGGGAGGCCAAGUCCGACUCGAAUUGGCCAGCCCACCUCUCGCCCGCCCCUGCGCAAGUCUGUGCGAUACUAGCUUUGUGCGACAGGUUGCAGCACAACUCCCCUGGGGGGCAGAAGUUCAUCUCAUCUUACCCACGCCAGUGUUCUCGGCUGAGCCAGAGGGAAGAUGGCGACUAGGAAGGCCGUGAUGCGCUGGAUGCCGAUGUCCAGUCUUCUGCUCGGACUGAUCAACUGGCAGUGAGGUCCAAUGCCCAAGCCAAAAUUAUGGAUUUGCACAACUGGCGGCGGUGCACCGCGGUAGAACGCAGAUGUCAC